CGAAAAAUGAUUGAUGGUUUAGAGCUAGCUAGGUAAUGCAUUAAGUAUCGUGGGUAAUGUUGUGUGAUCAUUUGUUAGUGAGGAACAACAGUGGUAUUCCAAACGAUAAAUGUUUGUUCGCUUCAAGUAACAAACUGGCGCCGUUCACAUUGGCAUACGUAUUCGGCAGAUUUCUCGUAUGAUGACAGGAUACCAGACGUAAUACACACGGCGCACGAUAGUCGCAAGUUGCACGUGUGUGCAAGACAUUGGUGGAAUCAGUGCUAUUUACAGUUGUAAUGAUGGGCAAAAGAGCACUCUCAGGUUCGUCCAACGUUCACGAUGGUGGAGUAAAGAAGAAACUGAAAUCCGAUGAUACCAAGCAGCGAUUUGCUCCAAAAACGUCCAGCACUGAUGGAAAGAAAGUUAAUAAGAAUUCCUCAAAGAAGUUCAGUGAAAGCCAGGACUCAGGUUCCAAAAAGACUGUCAAAAAUUUCUGGUGGCAUUCCAAAAAGGUGAAAACGAUUAAGACUAGUGAGGGAAAUGCGGGGGACAAGAAAGCAAAUGCAUCGAUGGGUACAGGACCUGCUAAGUUGGACGCAGAAGGAACCGGAGGAAAGGGAGUGAGAAGAGAGGAUGCGAAAAUCAGCAAGAAGAAAGCACUGCAGUUGAAAAAGAAACGACAGAAGAAGAACCGACGGCUCCGAAAACAGCUGAACCCCGGUGGAGAGUCAGUCGGCGACCUGCUGCGAGAGCCAAAAACUUGGGGGAAAUCUAAGAGCCCAAAGCGUGCAGGGAAAAAGACUGGUGUCGGCAAAAUGAAAAACAAAACAGGAGAGGGGAGUGAAGAAAAGAGCAUGAAAACCAAAUCAGAAAUUGAUCAUCGUACCUCUGACGCAGCUGUCCAUAGCUUGAAAUUGAAGGCUGCAAAGCAAGGACUAAACUCGGCUCUCAAUCCGCAAGGAUCUUCACAACUUUUGAAUCUUCAGAAAACUGGUGGACAGAAGGAACGCAAGAGGAAGAAGCCUAAAAAGUUCAAGAAGUCAAAGAGUGCCAAAGAGACUGUAUCUGUGACUGGUGGAGAGACUAGCAAGGCACUCAAGGCUGGAGACAGUGCUGGGCUGGCUUCUGCAGGAGAAGAGGGCAGCAGACAUGUCAAGAAAGCUAAGAACAGUACACCUUCCAAAGAGAGCACUACAGACAAACUUGACAGUAGUAAUAAGACGGAUAUAGACAAAGGGACGAUGGAGGAAGUGUCCUCAAAUUGGAAAGCUUUACUGCCGAUUGUAGAAAAGUCCAAAGAAUCAGAUGCAAAGAGACGCAGGAAAUUUGGAAAGGGAAAGACAAGUGAGGAACAAAAAGCAAGCAAGCCAGACAUCUGGUUCGACGAUGUUGACCCCUCACUGAUCAGAGCCAAUGAGAACGCAGAACUAGAUGACGAGGUCCAAUCAGAAACGGGCUACAAUCCACUCAUCAGAAAGGACGCACAGGAUUUCCUGACUAAGUGCUUGGCAAUGGACUGUGAGAUGGUGGGUACCGGCCCAAAAGGCUCGCAGAGUGUUCUUUCCCGCGUGUCUGUCGUGAACCAGUUUGGCGCCUGCGUCUUCGAUAAGUACGUCAAAUCACGGGAACCAGUGACGGACUACCGGACGUUUGUCAGCGGUAUCCGGCCGCAGGACCUCAGAGAGAAAGGCGAAGACUUUGAGAAAGUCCAAAAGGAGUUGUCAGACUUACUCAAGGGAAGGAUUGUAGUGGGGCAUGCUCUUCAUAAUGACUUCAAGGUGUUGUACUUCAAUCAUCCUCGAAGCCUGAUCCGAGACACGUCAGCUUACCAACCAUUCAAGGAUCUUUUCAAGAGUAAAAGACCAGGCCUCAAAAAGUUGACGGAGCUCGUUUUGAAAGUCAAGGUUCAAAAAGGAGAGCACAACUCGGUUGAAGAUGCCCAGGCUGCUAUGAAACUGUACCUGCUGCAAAGACGGCAGUGGGAGAAGUCAUUGAGAGAGAAGACUCGUCAGCCGACUGCCAAGAAGUCAGUGGCCAAGAAGCACAAGAAGCCAAAAACGGAAGCACUUGUCUAACGAUUCCCUGCUUCUUCACCCUACAAGGGCGGGGUUAUUUUGACCAUCUCUCAUGGGGGGGGGGGGGGGGGUGGUGUUACUUCAGACUUUUUUCCCCUGUAAUUUCAUGUUGGAAUUUAGAUACGCUAAAGUGUCCUAAAUGAACCUGGAAAUUACUCGAAAUUGAGGCGUCUGAAAAAGG